AUGCUUCUUGCAAUUAUUCUUUUCAUAUCAUUGUCCUAUGGACAUACAAGUAGUAUGAAUGUCCCUUCUGUUUUGUUGCCAUAUCCAACAAAACAACACCCUAUUGAUUAUACCAUUGAAGCAACAAAUGGGUGUUUUCAAUGGAGUACAUCAAAUCCAACGGUUUCUACACUUUAUCCUAUUGGUGGAAAAUGUUCUACACAAUGUAAAAUUUCUGUUCAAACCACAACAAAUAAAGGAAGACAAUCAUUUUGGGUAUAUGCUGUUGAUGAAUUACAACAUGUUAAUUUAAGAACAGAAGUAACAAUUGAUUCUAUUAAUCAUAUUGAUGUUGUUACUACGACACGUUUAAUGAAUAAAGAUGAUUAUGAAGUUCUUGAAAUUGCCGGAUAUGAUGCUAUUGGUAAUAAAUUUUCAACAUUAGAAGGUAUUCCAGUUACGUGGUCUAUUGAUAGUGUUAAUGGAACAAAAGGAAGUGGAGGAGAUUAUGUUAGAAUUGAAAAAUUUUCAACUGCUGGACAUACCCUUAAAUUAAAAGCUAGUGAAACUAUUUUAGAUAUGGAAAGAUAUCAUCUUUCUACUUCAAAAGUCCUUGUUAAAGGUUUAGAACUUGGUAAAGCACAAAUGACUGCACAAUUAACUGAAGAACCAACUAAAGUAUCAUCUGUUAUCCUUACUGUAUUACAAAUUCUUGUAGUUCUUCCAGAAAAAGAUUUAUAUGUUCUUCCAAAUACUCAAAUACCUUAUAAAGUAUUUACCACUAAAAGAAAUGAACUUGGUCCUCAAAUUGGUAUGCCAAAUCCAAAUUAUAAAUGGGUUAGUUAUAAUACAGACAUUGUUUCUAUUCAACAAAAUGGAUUAGCUUCUGCACAUAAAAAUGGAAAAACAGUUAUUUCAGUUAUGUACAUUGAAACACCAGAGUCUAUUCAAAAAAGAACAAUUAAUGUAGUUUCUCCUUAUAAAGUUAGAUUAGUAUGGAAAGAAAUCAGAGGUGUUUGGCAAUGGAUUGAAGGUAGAACAUAUGAAGUUAAACCGGAAUUAAUUGAUAAUAAUGGAAAUGCUAUUUCAUAUGUUAAUAAUGCUGAAUAUAAAAUUACAUUAAAUGGAGGAAUUAAAAUUAUUUCAAAUGAACGAGGAUAUACUUCAUUUAUUGUUGCUACUGAAAAAGAAGGAAGAGCCUCAAUAAGUGCAACGUUUGUAAAAGGAAAUGGAUUUUCUGUAAGAGGAAAUAGUGUUUCAUGUAUUCAAGAUAUUAUUAUUUCUCAACAAGUUAUUGCUUCACCUAAAAAAUUGAAACUAGCAGUUCCAGGUACUGCAGGAUGUAAGAUUAUUGCCCAUGGAGGACACGGAGAGUAUGCAUAUUCAGUAAAUGGGGAUUCAGUUGCUGUUACUAAUGAUGGAGUUGUUUUUCCAAGGAGUGCAGGUAAAGUAAAUAUUACAGUUAGUGAUUCAAGAAAUAGUGAAAAUUAUGAUAUUGUCAUUGUAGAGGCAUCUGAAGUUGCUUCAAUUGAAAUUGGAAAUGAUGUGGCUGAAGUUAUUGUUGGAGGUACAUUAAAUUUCACUGCUCUUGCAAGAGAUGCUGAUGGUGUUUAUUUUGAUACAUGUUCUUCUGCUGCUGUAAAUUGGAAAGUAAUGCAACCAGAAAUCUUUCAAUUAAAAACAAAUUCAACUUCACAAAAAGCAGAAAUUUUAGCAAUUAAAUCAGGAUCUACUACACUUGUUGCUACUUAUGGAAAAGGAAUUGCUGAAGUUCAAGUAUUUGCAUAUGAAAAAUUACAGUUGUCAUGUAAAAGUUCUAGAGACCCAUAUAUUGUUAAAGCGUCUGGAUUUAAAAUUUCAUAUGAAGGAGGACCUCUUCCUUGGUAUUUAAAUAAAGGACUUUAUUUUACUAAUAUUACACUUAGAAAUAGAAUUGCAGAUGUUUAUAAUAUGGGAAAUAAUCAAUUAUUCUUUGUUUGUAAAGAAUAUGGUAAGUCAAUGGUUAUGGUCACAGUUGGAAAUAAAAUAGGAAAAACUCAUAACUAUACUGUUCAUACUUCUGCUAAAAUGGAAUUUACUUGUAGUGAACCAUCAGUUCUUAUGUUAACUACACAAGAAGUUUAUGAAAGUGAUAAUACUGGAAAAGAAAUAGUUACUAAUAAUAUCCCAGGAAUUUGCAGAGAACGAGCUGUAAGUGGAAGUGAUAGUGUUACAAGUGAAAUGACAGUAAGAGUUGGAGAAGAGCUUGAUUUAAUUGGAUAUGUUAAGCCAUCAGUUACUGGAAUGUUUACUAAUUCAUCUUCUGUUGAGUAUGUAUGGUCAACAUCUGAUAGACAUAUGUUAUCUAUAAGCAAACAAAUUGAUAAAGAAGACCACUCUUCAAUUCAUGUUUCAGUUGGGGAUAGUGUUGGAAAGGUUGAACUUAGACUUACUGCAAUAAAAUAUCAAAAGAAAUAUUUCAAUAAUGCAAGAAUGUCUGGCAAACUUGAUAUCAAUAAUAAUCUGAUUAGGACAAUUACAUUAAAUGUUGUAGAUGUUGUUAGUGUUUCUCCAAAAGUAGUUACUCUUUUUAAUCACCCUGAUAAUUUUGUUAAAUUAAUUGCAUCAAGUGGAAGUGGUUUUUAUAACUUUACUACAGACACACCAAAUAAUAUUAUGAUUGAACAUUAUGGAACUGAUUCUAGUUGUAUUGUUAGACCAAGAAAUGAGUCAAAUACUUAUAUUGUUGCUAAUGAUGUUUGUUUCAAUGGAAAGAAUGAUGAAGCACGAGUUAUUGUAACUGUUUCAGAUAUACAUGGAGUAAAUAUUAUUGUUACAGAUCAAAUUGAAAUAGGAGAUACUUCUGAAUUAACAUUUGAAGCUAUUGAUGUUAAUGGCCAACCAUUUGACGAGUCACAGUACAAGUUUAUGGAUAUUAAAGUAACUACUGAUAAUUCUAAUGUGUUCUUAGAAAAGAAAGGUGUUAAAAAAUAUUCUAUUACUGGUUCUACUGUUGGAAUGGCUAUGAUUGUUGUUACUAUUAAUCAUGUUCAAUCAAAACCAUCAAGUGUUAUUAUUUAUGAACACUUUUCAUGUAGUCCAAAAGAAAUUAAUUUAAUUCCACUUGCUCAAGAAGAUAUAAAGUGUCGUGGAGGACCUCCUCUUAGAUCUACAGUUUCUCAUGUUAUUCUUAGUGGAAAUGCUGUACAAUUAAAUGGAGAUAAAGUCAUUGGAGAAAUUAAAGGAAGGUCAGUUAUUGAAAGUAGGAUAUCAUUUAUUGAAUUAUUAAGUGGUGAAAAGAAAGAAAAAGGAAAAGAGAGUUGUGUAGUUAUUGUAAGACAUUUGACUGGGUUACGAAUGGAUGCACAUCAAACUACUCUUGAAGUUGGAGGACAAACCAAAAUUCGAGUUAUUGGAGAAGCUGACGGAGUUCCUGUUAGCAUUGCUGCAACUCAAUUAGACUUUUCGUGGAGUCAAAGUGAUGAGAUACCCUUAGAAAUAUUAUCUGUAUAUCAUAAAACUAAUAUUACUGCUAAUGAAGAAAUGUCACAUACUGUUCUCUUAAUGGCUAAGAAAGCUGGUCAAACUCGAGUUAAUGUAAAAAUAGUCAAUAUACAAAAAGGAUUACCUGCAGCUUAUAAACAAUUGUCUGCUUCUAUUUUGAUUCAUGUCGUUGAUCCAUUCUCUUCAUUAUGUGCUGGAAGAUGUAGAAAUGUUAUUGAUAUGGCUGUACAUUCUACUACACAAAUCACAACUAAUCGUGAACCUUCUGAAGUUACAUUCCAAAUAUGUGAGGGAUCUGAUAUUAUUACUGUUGAUGCAGCUGGAAUUGUCAAGUCUCAAGGAACACCAGGAUCUGCUGUUGUUCAUGUUGUUGAAAGUGAGACUGGAGAGACACUAAGUUAUGUUGUAAAAGUACAUAGAAUUCAUGCAAUAGAAUUAUUACCAUUAUACAGUUCAAAUGGAUUAUCAGUUGGAGAAACAAUGAAAUUUGAAAUGGUACCAAUUGGAGAUAGGGGAAGAGUGUUAAAACCAUCAUAUGAUAAAUUAGUUCAAUUUGACUUAAUUCCAAGUGGAUCAGCAUCAAUUAUUCAAAGUAGUAAUUUGAGUGUUGUUGAAGUUACUGCUGCUAAACCAGGAAGAGUUAUUGUUAGAGUUAGAAGUUCUGAAGGUGUAAGAUUACAAGAUGAAGUUAGAGUUACUGUUCAUCAUUCUGUUUCACCAAUUAAUCCAAUUGUUACAGUUGGAAGUGAGAUUAGAUUUAAAACUGCUGGAGAAGCUAAAUGGACAACAGAAGCUAGAAAUAUUAUUUCUAUUGAUUCUAAUGGUAGGGCUGUAGCUAAGUCUAUUGGUAGAACAGUUGUGAUGACUACAUCAUCAACUCCAGCACAAACAAGAGUCAGUGUAUCACCAUUAGAAAGUGCAUCAUUAGAACCUGCUACAGUUGGUUCAGGAAGAGUUCUUAUUCCAGUAACUUUGUAUGCAGAAGCUGGUAUGGUAACUCAACAAAAUAAUGUUGACCUUAACUUAAAUGCUUAUUGUUCUAUAGAUCAAUCAACAUGGGCACACGCAUCUGUAGAAAUUGUUGAUGGAAAGAUUUAUUGUUCUGUUGUUGCAAUACCAACCACUUCAGGUAAAGUUCCUAAUCAAGUUAAGUUAAGAUUCAACGCAAAGGAUGGUUCUGGAAAAGCUGUACAAACGGUUGCUGUGUUGCCAUUUAGAGCUGGUAUUGUUGCUAAACCAGGAAAUUUAAAAAUUAAAACUGGAGAAGAGGCUAGUUUAGAUAUAUUCAGAGCUAAAGGAGAUGUUAUUGUUCGUGAUUUAACUGGAAAAUUACAAAUUAGAGAAGUCACAAGAAGUGAUGGAAGUGCUUCGUUUGUUGUUAGAGGAAUGGAAAAUGUUAAAGGAGAUAUUGAAAUUCUUGAUGGAACUGAAACACUUAAAGUUUUUGUUGAAGUUGGAGAGAUUAAAGAACGAAAAUUUGGAAGAACAUCUGCUAAUGCUUUAGGACCAAUUGUUAUAGCAAUUAUUUCAAUAAUAUUUGCAUCACUAGUAUUCUUCUUAUGUCAAAGAAGAACUGAUAACAAUCCUGCACAAUAUAACCCAGGAUAUGGAUAUUAUAACCCGCAACAAUAUCGAUAUUGA